CCAGCCCAGAUGCCACUAGCACAGGUCCAUAGCAGUCUGCUGCAAAUUCCCCACGGCUACCGUCGAUCGGAACAUAUCCAUCGGCUGAUGGAGAAUUUGCAGCAACAAAUGGAUGUUCUGCAAAGGCAGGCUGAAGAAGCCCAUAAAGAGGAAGGACGAGGUGCAGAACAACAAGAGAUCGGACGAGGAAGAGAGGAAGGGGCAGGACGAGGAAGACAGCAUGUGGCAGGACGAGCAAGAGAGCAAUGGGCAGGACGAGGAAGAGAACAAGGAGCAGGUCGAGGAAGAGGACAAGGGGCAGGGCGAGGAAGCAGGGGACCAGAGAGAAAGAAUCGAGGAGGAAAAAAAAAGGAGAAGCGGGAUGCGGCCUAUUGGAAAUCACAAUAUUUUCAAUCCAGGAAUGAUCGUCGAGGUCCUCCACCUCCUCCUGGAGCAGGUCAAGGCAUGUUUGGCAAAAACUCAGUGUUUUAUUUCAAUUGUGGAUAAAAUACUGACUCUUGCUUUUAUUAGUUCCUACCCUCUCUGA